AUGUCAACCGCGAAUGAGCAUCACACCAUCCGGCCGUAUCAAUGGGCUGAACCGAUUCCUCUCAAAACCACCGUACAACGUGCCAGAGAGUUUGUUGAGACGCUGCUAAAUUUGCUAAUGUUUGCCUUCGAAUCCAUACCGCUCUGUUGGGAAGCGCUGGUCGCGCUGGUUGUCACUCCGAAGGAAAAAAACAUCUCCGGACAGACGGCGCUAGUGACGGGUGGGGCAAACGGGUUAGGGCAAGCGAUUGCGAUCGCGCUGGCCAGGGAAGGUUGUAACGUGGCCAUUGUGGAUGUGGAUGAAACCAAUAGCCGGGCAACGGUGGCCAAGCUGCGGCGCUACAAUGUGUCUGCCGAGGCGUACAAGGUGGACGUUUCGGACUGUGAUGCAGUGCGUCAGCUUGGCCGCGACGUGGAGCGAGAUCUUGGCCCGGUCGAUAUUCUCGUGAACAAUGCGGGCAUCUUGCCAACCAGCUUCUCGCUGGAUGCCCUUCCUUCCCACGUAAAGCGCAGCAUGGAAGUGAACGUGCUGUCAAGCUUUUGGACCACACAGACCUUCAUCGACAGUAUGAUUCGUCGCCGGAAGGGACACAUAGUGGCGAUCAGCUCGAUCGCGGGUUACGUUGCACCGGGCUGGGCAAAGACGUACGCCACGACCAAAUUCGCCAUCCGUGGCUUUAUGGAUGCGCUGGAGGAUGAUCUGUAUCUUCGUGGGCAGGCGAAGCAUGUCCACACUACGACCGUGUUUCCUUUCGCCUUUAACACACGCAAACAAACCAUCAGUUUGCUGAAAGCAUCAUCUGGGUUAACUCGUUUGCCGAUCUACGAACCCACCGUGCUUGGCGAGAGUGUAGUGAAAGCCAUCAAAACUAAUCAACGGAAGGUGGUAGUGCCGGACACGGUUAAACCUUUCCAACUAUCGGUUUUUGAAAAUCUGCCCAUCAAGAUACGCCAGCUGCUGACGCGAACAUUGGCACAAGGGGAGGUAAAAUUGGUGGAUUGA